UCACGCCGUAUUAGUGUUCAUGUUUUCCUAACCUCGCUAACCCAUGUGCGCGUUAGAUUGAGUUUUUGUUAUUAUUGUAAAAUUCAUAUAUUUUCGUUAUAUGAUUUUAUAAAAAUGAAGAUUCAUAAAACGCAACUGAAAAGAAAACGACAGGCGAAAAAUAUUGUUAACAUUAUUGAAAAUGAUAAGGAAAGUGAGCACAGUGCCAAAAAAGAGGCUGAGGAUUCUGGAACAGAAGAUUUAUUAGUUGGAGAAAUAAGUGGUGACAGUGAUUCAACAGAUGAGGAGGUUGAUAUAAAUAAUGAGGAUGCUGAAUCAGAUGAAGAUGAAGAUAAACCUAUAUUUGUUUCUGAAGAUGAAACUGAAAAUGAUGAAGAGACAAGUCAGGAAGAAGAAGAAGAAGAAAAAGAAAUUUAUGAUGAAACAAGUACAAAUGAAGAAAGUGAAGAUGAUGGUUUAUUAGAAUCAGAGGAAGAUUCCAAUAACCAAAAAGAUAUUGAUUUGAAAAAUAAUAAAGAAAUAAAUAAAACAAAAUUUCAAAAAAAAAUUAAUACAGAACAAAAUAGAAAAGAUUUGAAGUCCAACAAAGAUAGAAAUUUACCUUCUCAUUCUAAAAAUAUUUCUAAAAUGAUUCACACCAACAUCAAUGAAUAUGAGAGUGAUACUUCUGAUGAAGAGGAUAUUAGGAACACAGUAGGAAAUGUACCAAUGAAAUGGUACAAUGAUGUAGAACAUCUUGGAUACAAUUGGGAUGGUAAAAAAAUAUUAAAACCUGAAAAAGGUGAUCAGCUAGAUAAUUUUUUGAAGAGAAUGGAAGAUCCUGACUUUUGGAGAACAAUAAAAGAUUAUCAAACAGGACAAGAUGUUGUCUUAAGUGAAGCAGACAUUGACCUUAUCACAAGAAUUCAAAAGCAGAGACUACCAGAUGCUAAAUUCGAUGAGUACAGUCCAUGGAUUGAAUGGUUUACUUCAGAAGUUGAGAAAAUGCCUCUGAGAGGUUUUCCGGAACACAAACGCUCCUUCCUACCUUCAAAACCAGAAGCUAGAAAGGUUUCGAAGAUGGUUCAUGCUUUGAAAAUGGGAUGGAUUAAAUCAACAGCAGAAAUGAAAAAAGAAAGAGAAGAAAAAUCAAAUGAACCACAAUUUUACAUGCUUUGGGAGACUGAUGAUCAAGCAGAGGAAAUGAGGAGAAUUCAUAAGCACAUUCAAGCCCCAAAAAGAUUUUUACCUGGUCAUGCUGAAAGUUAUAACCCACCUCCAGAAUAUUUGUUUGAUAAGAAGGAAAUGAAAGAGUGGAAUAAACUGAAACAUUCACCAUGGAAAAGAAAGUUACAUUUUAUUCCUCAAAAGUAUAAUUCACUUAGAGAAGUUCCUGCUUAUUCUAAGUUCAUCAAAGAAAGAUUUCAGAGAUGUUUGGAUCUUUAUUUAUGCCCAAGAGCUAUAAAAAUGAAAUUGAUUAUUGAACCAGAAUCAUUGGUACCACAGUUACCAAGUCCAAGAGAUUUGCAACCAUUCCCCACUAUUCAAUCAAUGAUUUAUAAAGGUCAUACAAACAUGGUUAGAAGUAUAGCUAUUGAGCCAACAGGCCAAUAUUUAGCAAGUGGUGGAGACGAUUCAACGUUAAGGAUAUGGGAAAUUGCAACUGGUAGAUGUGUUAAAGUCGUGCAAUGUGAAGGAGUAGUCAGAAAAAUUGCUUGGUGUCCAAAUCAAAAUUUACCACUGAUUGCUGUAGCAGCUGAUCAGAAAGUACUUUUAGUCCAUUCUAAAGUUGGCGAUCACGUUAUUACAAAGAAAGCUGAUGAACUUUUAGAAAUUAUUCCACAGAGUGACUUAAUAGUGCCUGAAAGAGUCAAAGCUGUAGUACAGUGGGAACAUAUAACAGAAGCUGGUAACCCAGAGCAAUGGAAAAUGGGAAUUAGAGUUAUUUUAAAUCACUUCAAAACUGUUACACAAGUAACCUGGCAUGGCAAAGGUGACUAUUUUGCAACAGUUAUGCCAGAUGGCCAGAAUAGAGCUGUUUUAAUUCAUCAGUUAUCCAAGAGAAGAUCGCAUUUACCUAUUGGACGACCUAAAGGACAAGUUCAAUGCGUUUUAUUUCACCCUAUCAGACCAUUUCUAUUUGUAGCAACACAAAGGAAUGUAAGAAUAUAUGACUUAGCAAAACAGGAAAUGAUAAAAAAAUUAUUAACAAAUUCACAAUGGAUAUCUACGAUGGCAAUACAUCCAGGUGGAGAUAAUCUGCUGGUGGGAACGUAUGAUAAAAAGUUAUUGUGGUUUGAUUUAGAUUUGAGCACAAAACCUUACCAAACGCUUCGUCUUCAUGGUACAGGAAUACGCGGUGUCGCUUACCACAAAAGGUAUCCAUUAUUUGCAUCAGGUGCUGAUGACAGAGGUCUUAUUGUAUGCCACGGAAUGGUAUAUAGUGAUUUACUUCAAAAUCCUUUGAUAGUACCACUGAAAAGAUUAUGCAAUCACGAACCAUUCGAAGACUUUGGAAUAUUGGAUGUAUUAUUUCAUCCUAUACAACCAUGGAUACUUUCAGCAGGAGCAGACUCAACUAUAAGAUUGUACACUUAAGGAAAUUUGUAUUU